AAGGCGGGGCGAGCUGACCCGCCUGGGUGACGUCACUCCCCACGCGGUAUUUCUCUCCCCCGGCGGACUCCAAUGCAGGCGCAGAGGACACUCUCGGCAUGGAGCGGGCGCUGCUCUUCUCGCUGCUCCUAACAGCCGCCGCUAUAGACGCAGAACGUUUCCUUUGCACCCUCGGGAGUUUCCGGUGCGAGGACGGCGGGCAGGUUCCGCUGUGCCAGCGGUGUGACGAGAAGCGGGACUGCAGCGAUGGCAGCGACGAGAGGGGCUGUCGAGCCGCCAACGUCUUGUGCGGACCCCGCGGGAGGCGAUGCGGCAGCGACGGCCCUUGCCUGCCCUUGGAGAGGAUCUGUGACGGCCACGGCGAUUGCCCAGACAAUUCCGAUGAGUCCUUAGACGCCUGCGGGCAUCGGGUAGACACGACUUCGCCAGCCUGUCCGAAGGACGAGUUUCAGUGCGAACCGGGGGCAGAGUGCUUCCCCCUGGCGUUUGUGUGCGACGGCCAUUCUGAUUGUCCAGAUGAGAGGGAUGAACAAGGCUGCCUUCUAGACUUCCCAACGGUUUCGGUAACGCCACCAGCCACUCAGACAGAUGGCGUGCCUAUCCCUGGAAAUGCGAUGCCUGCGGAUUUGGUGGUUCUUUCCAUCAUCGCGUUCCUGGCUGUCGUGGUGGCUGCCGUUUUUGCCUCCGCCUGGAGCCGUGCGAAAGCGAGACAUCUGGCAAGCUUUAAGUGGGAUCACGGUUCAGAGCAGCUGAUCGCAAAACAGCAGCCUUGAGAGACUCCUUCCUUCGAGAGCUGGCCUGCCUUCAGAAGCGUGGCGUCUGAUUCAACACAUCCUCUGAGAAGAACGGUCAGCCUUUUAGUCCCUGCCGGGCUCACUUGCUGCUCACCUUUCAACAGGUGCCUUCAGUCGAGAACUUCAGGUGCACAUCCGAGUUAGAAGGUCAAUCGCUUUCUCAAGGGAGACCUCCCUGUCGCUGGUCCUCGUCAUCUCAAAACGUAUUUAUUUCUGCCCUCUGGCUCCUUGAUCUUCCAUGGCAAAGAGCUGCUGAGUUUAGCCACUGCAGCUAUGAACAGAGGCUCAAAAGGGUACUGGAAAAUGUGGGGCGUGCGUUAAUAAAAACAGCAUUAUUAUCCAGUA